CCCCGCCGCAAGCGUCCCUAGGACGCAGGACCCACCCGCCGGAGCUCAGGCCAAAGUGAAGCUGUGUCGCCCGCCCGCUGCCACUGUUACCAUGGUGCAAGCCUGGUACAUGGACGACUCCAGCGAUGACCCCCGCCUGCCCCACCGCGCCGAGCCCGCCCGCCCGGUCGGCCUGGAGCAACUGCGCCAGCUCGGGGUCCUCUACUGGAAGCUGGAUGCGGACAGAUAUGAGGACGAUCCGGAACUAGAAAAGAUCCGGAGAGAGAGAAACUACUCGUGGAUGGACAUCAUAACCAUCUGCAAAGAGAAGCUGCCGGAUUACGAAGAAAAGAUCAAAAUGUUCUACGAGGAGCACCUGCACCUGGACGACGAGAUCCGCUACAUCUUGGACGGCAGCGGGUACUUCGAUGUGAGGGAUCGGGAGGACCGCUGGAUCCGGAUCGCCAUGCAGAAAGGAGACAUGAUCACCCUCCCUGCGGGCAUCUAUCACCGCUUCACGCUGGACGAGCAGAACUACGUGAAGGCCAUGCGGCUCUUUGUGGGCGACCCGGUGUGGACGGCGUACAACCGACCGGCUGACCACUUUGCGGCCCGGGAGCAGUACAUGGCGCUGCUGGCGCGGAUGGCGUAGUGGCGCAUGCCCCCGGCGCCGGGCCCUGCACAGGACGAUGGCAGAUGGUCCAGUGUCAUCCUCGCGUCUGUGGCGUGGGUCAGAGGCUGGGAGAGCUUCCCUUGGAGAAAUUAUUUGAUCAAAAUAUGUUUUAGUGCAAAGAGCCACAAAACAGACUUACGUCAAAGCCACUGGGAACAUGGACAGCCCCCUUUUCUGUAACUGUCACCCGGCACUGCACACGGUUCCACGUGAACCCCCAUGAGUCUCCUGUCCCCACACACCACCGCCUAGCCGCCCCGUGGGACCCAACUCCGUGUCUUUCAGCAGAUGGCAGUCAAGGCCACGCCUGCCUGUGAGCAGCGUGAGCAGAUGCCAGGACCUGCCGUAACAGGCACUCCCCUCCCGGAGCGGUGGGUGGGGGCAGGGCGAGCUCUCACACGAAGGGGUGUUGCAGUUGCUCACAUCACUUUAAGUAGCUGCCUUAAUUCUGUGCUUGUGCCUUGAAGCCACCUUAAAUUCAGGUACACGUGGCUCAUUCAGAUCACCCCAGGCAGGUUCUUUGUGUGAUCAAAUCUGCCAUAAUUCAUAUGUGCUACUUUGUUUAGUGUGAGAUUUCUAGGGUAAACUCCCAGAUGUAUAUUCUGUUACAAUCAGGCUUUUGAAUUUUAACAAGAAAAUGGUACAUUAAUUUUUUAUUCAAUAGUUAUGAUACAAUUAUGCCUAAUUUGUUAUAAUCAUUUAAAAAACUAAAAUCAACAUCACAUUUUUAAGGGCAGAUUGUUUUAUGUACUUUUAAAACUGAAAUAAAAAAUCUUCAUGCUAAAUUUAUCUUCCAAGCGCCAACACUGGUCUUGGGAACCCUUGCCUGUUGUGCAGAAGCUCACGCCUCAGAAAUCUCGGGGGAACUCUGAAUUUUAGGGUGUGCACGUGUGGGUGUCAGAAUACUUGGUCUGCUCCAUUGCCCCAGUUCCAACGAAAUGUGAAGGAAGAUUUUUAAAAAUUGAUUUUAAAAUAUGUCUAUAAA